UUUUCAAUUCAAUGGACCAAAAUAGCAUCAAUGAAAUUAUUAAUGUUGUCUCACUUUUUCUACUAUUAGUGUGCAAAUUUUAAUGAAAGUUCUUUACUAAAGUAGUAUAUAUUGGUCCCCUUAGAAGAUGCCUUUGUCAGUUUAACUCUAUAGUUUCAUUAAUUAUUUUCCUUUUUUUAAUUCCUCCUAGUGUUCUUCAUGUUAAACCAAGAUAAAGGAUUCAUAUAGGAUGAAGCAAUUUGCUUCAUAUUUAUGUUCAUUUGCCAAUAGAAUAUAUGGUUUUAUUUUACUAUUUUCAGUUUUUCACUGUUAACAACAUUAUAAUUCCAAGUUUGUUUCAUAUAUAUAAGCGAAAUUUUUUAAUUUGUGUGCAGGAUACAUUAAAUAGCAUAUAGUUUUGGAAGAUUUAAUUGUGAUAAUGGGAUUUCUAGAGCUAUUUUCUGUUGCUUCUUUCCCUGUGAUCAAAGUACUACUAGUCACUGGAAUUGGUCUACUUCUUGCACUUGAUAACAUUAAUUUGUUGGGAAAAGAUGCAAGGAAUCAAACCAAUCAUCUUGUACAUUAUGUGUUCAAUCCUGGUCUGAUUGGUGGUAAUUUGGCACAAACAAUCACUUUAGAUAAUGUUGUUUCUUUGUGGUUCAUGCCAGUGAACAUAUUGGUUACAUUUUUGUUAGGCUCAGCCUUAGGAUGGAUUAUUAUCAAACUCACAAAGCCUCCUAGACACAUAGAAGGUCUCAUAGUAGGUGUCUGUUCUGCAGGAAAUUUAGGAAACUUGCCUAUAAUAAUUAUUCCAGCUAUAUGCAAAGACAAAGGUAGUCCUUUUGGAGAUCCUGAUGUAUGCUAUCAAUUUGGGAUGGCUUAUGCUUCACUUUCUAUGGCAAUUGGAGCUGUUUUUAUAUGGACUUACGUGUACAACAUAAUGCGGAUUUCUUCAAGAAAUGUUCACAAAGAAUGUAACAAAAGUAGUGAUUCCAUCACCUUGGAGGAUUCAAGGGAUGUAUCACAAUCAAUCAUAGAGGAAGGCUCUGAAAAUUAUACAAGUCCAACAAAAGGCAAUGUGGAUGAUGCAUACACCCUAUUGCUUUCUAAGAAUGAGUCUGAGCAGAAAAUUAAGGUGCCAGUCUUUGAUAAAAUUAAGCAUAAAUUUGGAAUGAUUUUAGGCAACCCAAAUUUCAGAGGCAUAUUUUCACCAGCAACUCUUGGGGCGAUUGUUGGAUUUAUUGUUGGUGUAGUUCCUUGGUUACGUAGGUUAAUGAUUGGAAGCAAUGCUCCUCUUCAUGUGAUUGAAGACUCUGCUUCCAUGUUGGGUGAUGCUGCCAUUCCAACAAUAACCCUUAUAAUGGGUGCCAACCUUCUUAGAGGAUUGAAGGGAGCAAGUACUCCAUUUUGGACAAUUAUAGGAAUCAUAGUAGUUCGAUAUAUCUUGCUCCCAAUUUUUGGAGUUCUAAUUAUUAAAGGUGCAACACAUUUGGGUUUGGUGCAAAUAGAUCCCUUAUAUCAGUUUGUACUUCUCCUUCAAUAUGCACUUCCACCAGCCAUGAAUAUAGGUACCAUAGCACAAUUAUUUGGAGCUGGUGAAAGUGAAUGUUCUGUAAUGAUGCUAUGGACCUAUGCAUUGGCGUCAAUUGCAGUGACUCUUUGGUCAACCUACUUCAUGUGGCUUGUCUCUUGAUUAUUAUUUUUCAUUGCUAUGGUUAUUAUUCAUUAUUUAUUAAUAUACUUUAUUUUUUACAAUAUUAAAUUUCAUCCUUUCAAGUUUCAACUCAACUUUAUCUGUAACUUGAAGAAGCUUUUUCCUCAUAUAUGUAUAUAUGUGUGAGUAUGCAACA